AUGGCGGUAGAGUUCAAGUCCCACAAGGACGACGCCUGGUACGACGUCCACCUCAUCACCGAGCACACCGCCGCCGGCCUCCGCCUCCGUAUCAACUUCGCCAACUUCCCCGACGACCAAGACGAGUUCGUCACCCUCGCCGACCUCGCCACCCUCCACGACCUCGACGCCUUCCUCUCCCGCGUCCGCUGCCUCUCCCUCCAGCUCCAGGACUCCGAGUGCUCCGCCGUCGAAAAAGGCCUCCUCGUCUGCGCCGCCCGCUCCGUCAACCCCGACGACCGCCGCUACUUCGACGCCUUCAUCGACGGGGUGGUGCGUAAGGAGCAUAAGGUUGUGAAGGGAGAGCAGGAGUGCACAUGCAGCUUCAUUCUGGAGUGGAUUCACGGCCCGCAAGCCGGGACUCUCACGGCUCAGAAUCUACCGGAUAUUUGCAGAGUCCGGCUGCCUGCCGUGGACGAAGAGAUUGACCCGGCGUUGACCAGGUUUGUUAAUGCUACCAAGGAGAAGAUUGAGAGCACGUUUUCGAAUUCGAUUGCGAGUUGUGACGAGAAAGGUGGCGGUGGCGGUGAAUGUGAGAGUGAGUCUAGUAGUCGGAGAAAGCGCCGCAAGGGAAGCUCUUGUCAGGUGAACAAGGAUACGAGCCGUGCCAGGGGAUCAUUAACUCCAAGCUCGUCUUCCAAAGAGAUAGUGGACAAUUCUUAUGUAAGGGAUGGACAUGACAUGGAUAUUGGAGGGCUUCCCAAUAUGAUAUUUGUCGAGAAUGUUGAGAAGGGGAUCUCAUCAUUUACAAUUAUGGAUUUCAUAAACCAGCAACUUUCAAUAUCAUGUCAAGCAUUUGUUUUUCCAAGUAAGCUGUCAGAGGUGUAUACAACAGCAACCAUCAGGUUGAACAGCAAAAAGGAUCUCGACAAGUUAUCUGAAUUUUUGGGAAGUCCAGAUCGCAUCAUCAUCUCAUCAAGAGGAAGGCCUUGGGUUCUGACUGAGAAACUACCCUUGGAUGACACAAUAAGGGCAUCGAUUGAAACCCUCAAGCAUACAUCUCAGAUGACAUUUGAGUGUAGAACUCAAAGAAGCAAUGAGUUGAAGGUUGUCAUCUCUGGUAGUCGAGAAUACGCGACAGCUAAGCAGCUAAAGGAUUUGUUCAAGGAGUUUACUAAUCAUCAGUGUGGACUUCAUCAAACGUUACUCCAAGAAGAGGGGAAAAUCUCGCAGCUAGCUAUGUGAUGGAUUUUGGAUGGCCAAAGUUUUGAGUUACUUGUGCAUAGGCGUGAGUCAAGGCAGAUUGUGUUGGUCAUCCGCUUGCUAUCAUCACGCAACUACACUUUCCUUGACAGAUUAUAUAAUGUGCUGGUGUUGUAUCAGUUCUUACAUAUAUGCUUAAGAAUCAGAGAGAAGAUGCCAUGUUAAUAGUUUCGCAUUGGUAUUAGUCUCCUUUGUGUGAUCUGUAACUUGACACAAAACAUCACUAGCCUUUUUGAACUAGGCGAAUUAUAGAAAUAUGAUCUGAGCAUAUGAGUCUUUACUAUUAUCCCA